AUGGCAGGCAAUCCUCUUUCCUACGGCCAAUUUGUAACUCUACAGAUUUGCAGCUAUGUAUCUUCAUCCUUUUCAAUAGCAGGAUCUCUCCUGAUUAUGGUGUCCAUUGCCAGGCAGCAGCAGAAAAAGCCCCUGGAAACAGAUACACUUCACCAGCUACUAGUAGGACUGAGCAUCUGUGACAUAGUCAGUUCUCUUGGCAUUGCAACUGCCACUUUCAUGCUUUCUGCAGACACUGCCAUGGAGGAGAUCCCCUGGGCUUUUGGGAACCAGAGCACUUGCAUUGCCAGUGCUUUCAUAUAUGUGUCCUUUGCCACUGCGGCCUCUUGCUACAACUGCUUCAUAUCCAUGCAUUUCUGGAGAAUGGUUCGGAGAACCAGGAAAAGAGCUGUCUGGUCCAGACUCAACCAGAUGAAGAACCGAUUGUUUCGCAUUGUGGCGCACUCAACAGCCAUCACCGUAUCACUCAUAUUGGCAAUAGCUGGAGUCGCCACAAACUCAUUUCAUCCUACGGCUUACCCUCAUUUCUGCUACUUCAACGAGUUUCCAAUAUACUGUGAUCAUGAUCCAAACAUAGAUUGUGAGCAAGGCUUGGCAGGGUCUACACUGGGGCAUACACGCACUGGCGUUAUUGGUUUCUUCGCCCUUGUCAGCAUUGCAUGUACCAUUGCAGUGUACGUCAAAGUCAGGUCCAACCUACAACGAUCUUCACAGUAUGCUGCUGCCAACACCAGUCGCAGCAUGAGUUUGGACUCCUUCAUGCACUCAUCCAUUGUCAAUACUAGUAGUCAUACUGGUACGCUACCCAGCAUCCCUCCGUUGCCAUUGGGGUCUACCUCUACAUCUGCUGCGGACAACAAAAGCACCGCCAAUACCAAAAACUACAACAUCAGAAGCAGUACCAACAGCAAUCAGUCACAACACGACAAUAAGCAGAGACAAGUGGCGCUACAGGCUGUGUGGUACACGCUGGCAUAUCUCAAUUCAGUCAUCUUUGUCGUCCUAGGUGCUAUCGUUGUCAACACCACAGAUGUACAAGGCAACGAAGGUGACCCUCGCUUCUUCACAUUGCUAUUGUAUAUGUGGGUCUUCAUGCCCCUGCAGGGAGCGCUCAAUUUUAUCAUCUACAUCAGACCACGCAUAAACGCUUGGAACGCACACUACGCCAGGCAAAAAGAGCAACAGGAUCAAUACCAAAGGUACCGUCGAAGCAAAGUCAAAUCAGACGAACAAAACGGGAAAGAGGAAUUGCAAGCAAAUGCUACAAUCAUCGAUAAUACCAAUGACCUGCAAGAUACAGCAUCAGCAGAGCUUGACAUCCCGCCUUGGUGGGUCAUCAUGCGCAAUGCCGUCAUGGAAGAAGUCCCGUCGUCUCGUCAACCCAGACGUGGACGUCGUCCUCGAAACGCUAACACCAACACGCAAGACGCUUGUUCCGGCGAUCAAACCCUGCUUUGA